GGGAGGAGCAGCGGCGGGGAACCGAACCGACGAGCACAUCCCCGGCGGGAGAGACGAUGUGAAGAUGGGUUUAGUCUUCGGUCUCCUGUGGCUCUUUACCGGCGUCCUGCGGUGCGUGCACGGCCAGGGCGUGUACGCGCCCCCCUCAGUGCGGAUCGUUCACUCUGGUCAGACCUGCAGCGUGGAGGAGGAACGAUACAGUGAGAGAGUUUAUACCAUCAGAGAGGGAGAGACUCUGGAGCUGCAGUGUCUGGUGACCGGACACCCACGGCCUCAGAUCCGUUGGACAAAGACGGCCGGCGGCGCUUCGGACCGUCAGGGUGACUCUUCGCUGCACAGCGACACUCUGAAGAUCGAAACCAUCAGCCGGCACCAGGGAGGACGGUACUACUGCAAGGCCGACAACGGGCUGGGAUCCCCGGCCAUCCGCUCUAUCCGGGUCGACGUCUACUACCUGGAUGAUCCGGUCAUCACCGUCCAUCAGAGCGUCGGAGAGUCGAAGGAACAGUUCUACUUCGAGAGGACGGUGUUCCUUCGCUGCGUGGCCAACUCCAACCCACCGGUCCACUACACCUGGAGGAGGGGCAGGGAGGUUCUGUCUCAGGGCUCCGACUCCGGGGUGGAGAUCUACGAGCCCUUCUUCACCCAGGGCGAGACGAAGAUCCUGAAGCUGAAGAAUUUGCGUCCGCAGGAUUACGCCGACUACACCUGCAUCUCCUCGGUCAGAAACGUCUGCGGCAUCGGAGAUAAAAGCGCCAGAUUCAGUCUGAACAACAGAACAGCUCCUCCCUCCAUCAAGCUGCUCCUCGACGAUCCCCUGGUGGUGAAUCCAGGAGAAACCAUCACGCUGGUCUGCGUGGCGUCCGGCGGCGACCCCCCUCCCACCCUCAGCUGGGUGAGGCCGGGGGGGGAGGAGCUUCCCAGGAGGAGCCGGGUGAAGGGCGGGACCCUGACCGUCCCCGCCAUCACCGUGGACGACGGCGGUGCCUACAGCUGCGUGGCGUCCAACAACGUGGGAAACCCGGCCAAGAAGUCCAGCACCAUCCUGGUCCGAGGUCUCCGUAAAGGUCGCUUCUGGAUAACUCCCGACCCGUACCACAACGACGACAACAUCCAGAUCGGUCGUGAGGUGAAGAUCAGCUGCCAGGUGGAGGCGACGCCGCCGGAGGAGCUUCAGUUCAGCUGGCUGAAGAACGGAAGACCUCUGAGGAGCUCCGAGAGGAUGGUCAUCACCCACACCGACACCGAGGUCUCACCAGGAACCACCAACCUCGACAUCAUCGACCUCAAGUUCACCGACUUCGGAACCUACACCUGUGUGGCGGCGCUGAGGAACGGAGGAACCCCCGAGAUCAGCAUCGAUGUCAACAUAUCCUCCACCACAGUUCCUCCGGUGCUCACCGUCCCCAGGGGGCGCUCUCACCUCAUCGCUCAGGAGGGCGACACCGUGGAUCUGCAGUGUCUGGUCUCAGGGAAACCCAAACCCAUCAUCCUGUGGUCCCGGGUGGAGGAGAGCGGUUCGGCGGCGGCGGCGGUGCUGCUGAUGCCAGACGGUUCGGCUCAGAUGGAAAGUUACGACGGAGUUCUGAGGAUUACCAACGUGAGCCGGGACAUGAGCGGAACCUACCGGUGCCAAACCAGCCAGUACAAUGGCUUCAACGUGAAACCACGGGAGGCCCUGAUCCAGCUGGUGGUGCAGUUUCCUCCGGUCGUGGAGCCGGUGUACACGGAGAUCCGUCAGGCACUCGGCCGGGCGUUCAGCCUCACCUGCCGCCUGCUGCGAGCUCAUCCGGCUCGACUCCUGAGAUACGAGUGGAAACUCGGCACUCGGCUGCUGACCGUCGGACAGUUCAGCGACCAGAAGGACGACACGAACUACCACGUCAGAGCCCUGAACCGGGAAGGAUACGGCGAGUACACCUGUGACAUCACCAAUGAGGCGGGGGCGGGGCGCUGCACCUUCCUGGUCACAGGUAAGGCCUACGCUCCAGAGUUCUACUACGACACCUACAGCGCUCUGUGGCAGAACCGGCCUCGAGUUUACGGCUUCAAGCUGCAGUGGACUCAGAUGGAGCCGAACGCCGUGGACCGAAUCCUGGCCUACAGACUGGGCAUCCGGCAGAUGAGUCAAUCUCGCUGGUGGGAGCAGGAGAUUCCAAUGGAAGGAACCAUCCAGAAGGGGGAGUUGUUGACCUACAACCUGACCGAGCUGGUCAAACCUGAGUCCUACCUGGUCCGCCUCACGCCCAUCACCCGCUACGGCGAGGGCGACGCCACUGAACGCAUCAUCACCUACAGCGCUCCUGUUAACCCACAUCUCAGGGAGUUCCAGUGUGGCUUCGAGGACGAGGCGUUGUGUUUGUUCUCUCAGGACAAAACCGACGAGUUCGACUGGACUCGUCACAGCGCCGUCACACGGGACACGAAAUACACCCCGAACACCGGACCAAGCUCGGACCACACCGGCUCCAAGCAGGGGUUCUACAUGUACAUCGAGACGUCCAGGCCUCGGCUGGACGGAGACAAAGCUCGUCUUUUGUCUCCGACCUUCAACAUGAACGCUAAGAGCUCCAGCAGCGGCCCGUCCUACUGCUUCUCCUUCUACUACCACAUGUACGGGAAGCACAUAGGAGCGCUCAACGUUUUCCUGCGACAGAAAGGUCAGACGGUGACGGACACCUCGGUCUGGAGUCUGAUUGGUAACCAAGGAGACCGCUGGAGGCAGGCCAAGGUCAACAUCCAGCCAACCGCAGCCUUUCAGAUGGUGAUGGAAGGCGUCCGAGGCGCCGGAAUCGAAGGAGACAUCGCCAUCGAUGAUGUUACCAUUGAGGAGGGGAAAUGUAAAGACCCGCCCCCCAACAAUCUACGGUCGCUCGCCCCGCCCUCGUCGCCCCAUAUAUGGCAGCUCUGCAUCACUUUGAGUCUGGCUCUGAUUGGCCGGCAGAGGUGACCCCGCCCCCCUCUAAAGGACGCCACGAUCUCUGACUCUCCUCCCCCUCCCCCACCCUCUUCAUCAUCACCAUCAUCACCUUUAACCCCUCGACUACCAAAGAUCCGGCUUGAGCUGAAGGUUUGUUGUUACUCUGAAGGAUUCUGGGAGAUCAGCGAUGAUGUAAUGAGCAGAUUGAGUGCUGAUUGGCUCACAGGUCGAAGCAGGAAGUGUAAAGGUUAAUUUGAGUAACAUUUGAAGCUCCGGGACUCAAACCUUCAGCGUUUUCUUGAGUAAAAAUAAAAAUAAAAGCAGCAGCUACAAGCAACGACUCAGAUUACAACCUACAGUAAUCAGAUUACUUUUAACAGUAGAGUAUUUACUCUGAUGUCAAAUAACAAACUAGCAGUUUAAAGUCACUAUAUUUAAAAUACACUGUAAAAAAAUCAUGUUUUAAACACAUAAUUACCAAUAACCUAAAUAAAGAGAAAUUAUUUAACCUGGAAUGGAACAAACAGUAAUUUAUUUUUUUUCUGUAAAAUUACACCAUUUUUACUUAUAAUAAAUUAGGAAAAUGAAAAAUUUUAACAUAUAUUUCCCGUAAUUUUAAAGAGAAAUUUUACAUUAAGGGUGGAAAAAUGUUAAAUAGUUUUUUAAACUGUUAUUUGACAUAUUUUCCCUGUUGUUUUUUUUAUUACAGAAGAUAUUUAUUAAAAUCACAGAAAAAAAAUGGAUAAAUUUACACGUUGACCCCUAAAAAACUGGUUGAAUGAAAUCAAUGUCAACAAUCUGCAUUAUUAUAAAAAACACAACAGUUGACUAUAAAAUUGCUCAGUUUUACUGCACUUAACUGUUUUACUGUUUUUCAGAUUUAAAUAAAUAAAAUGGUGUAAUUUUACUCUCAAGCACUAUGAAAGAAAUAAUUAUUUUAAAAUUAAUCCAAUUAUCUCUAUUUGACUUUUUAUUUAUGCACUUGAGUGCAUUUUUUACACUUUCUUCUAAAACUCUGAUGUCCCGCAGCUCUGGCUGUCCCUGAACGCAUCACCAGGAAAAAAAAUCUCUCUAUUGACAAUCUCAAAAUUUUAACUAAUUUCUUUUCAUUUACUCUCAAAAUUUUGUCUUAAAAAUUGUGAUUUUCAUUUAAGGAGUCUCAGUUUCUUCCUCAGAUUUUUGUGAUUUCAAAUUUUGGCUUAAAUGUAUUGUUUUUACAUAAAUAUUUAGUCAUAAUUUCCACUUACUAUCCCAUAAUGUUGACUCAAUUUGUAAUAAUUAUCAGUUUAAGGAACAAAUUUGGACGUUAUAUUUUUUUAAAAAUUUUUUUAAUAAUAUGAUUUAAAUUAUCAUAACCUGGCUUGAGUUUAUCAUUAUUUUGUCUUGUGUCAUAAUUACGACAUUUUCUCAUGUUUCUGGUUAAUUUUUCUCAUUGUUUUGAUGAAAAACCGGCAGUUUCUUUCUUGUUUCUGUAGUUUUGACUGCAGCUCCGACUGUCCCUGAACGCAUCAUCAGGACAUUAAUUUAGAUUUUCCAUUUUCAGCUUCAGUUUCCACUAAAACUCUUUGACUUUUCAGACUCGGAGUGUUUAAAUAAAACAGGAGAAAACAGUUUGAAUGUCGACCUCCAUCCUCCUCCAUCAUCUUCCAUCCUUCAUCCUCCUCCUCCUCCUCACUGCCUCCACAGAUCAGCUGUACUGUACCGGGACGUGGACGGAUUUUAAACGUACUCUUAGAUCACAUUCUGACGUCUGUCUGUCCGUCUGAGGAGGAGAGAUCGGCCUCUGCCACGACAUCAAGUGCCUUCAGACUCGGAGGGAAACAAAACUUUUGGGCCGAGGAACCGAGAAGAACCAACGGGAGCAUCGAGCAGUUUGAAUAUGCAGAGAAACGUUUUCCUACUUUUACUUUUUUCUUUUUGUUUUGAGAUGAAAACAUCGUUGGACAGCGUUUAAAUGAAAAAACAACGAAGAAGAAGAUGAAGCCAUGGACUCAGACUGAAGCUCUCAGAUUCAUUUAAAGACUAAGAAUCUGGAUGUUGGAUGUGGACUGAAGCGUUUGGUCUGUCAGAACUAUUUUAGUAUUUAAACUCCGAGACCAUCAGUUACCUUAAAACAGCUUCUGGAGCACCGAUGACGAGGAGAAACGAAAUGUAAAAUCAAAUCUUCUGUUGUUCCUAUGAUAUUCUAAAGACCGAGGGGGGGACGUCCUUUAAACUCCAUCCUUUAUUCUCUUAGUUCAGUUCGAGUCGGUUUCGGUUUCAGGAUUUGUGGGAAAAAAAAGAAGUCUUUUAACAGAGUUUGAUAAACGUCACGCUGGGAAAAUAUUUCUAUUAACGGAUCCAUUUAAAGAACAAAAAGCACAAAAACACCAUUUAGUUCCUCACAUGGUACGGAAACACCUGUAGGACAAAUUUACUGAUUCAUCACCGUCACGUCAUACAGGUAUGGAAGCCCAUUUGUGCCAAGAAGAGAAAAAAAAUGUUGAAAAUGUUAGGAUGACAAAUUAUUAAAAUACUCCCUUUCAGUUACAAAUGAAACCUACUUCUGAUGUAAAAAUCUGAAUAUUUGUUUAUAAAAAUAUUUGUAAAAAUGUGUGAUUUUUUUAAAAUCUUGACUUUUGUCCUUAUUCUGUCUUAAAAAAUAAUUCAUUUUAGUUUUGUACUUUAAUAAUAUUAUUUAAAAAGUACUAACUUGUCACUUUGAAUUUGCAUCAUAGUUGGGUUGAUAAUUUUCUUUUUCUUUGUUUUUGUUUUAGCUCAGUUAUUAAGUUAUAAUUUUCACAGUCAUACAGCCAAGGAAUAAAUAUCUACUGACAAUCUCAAAAUGUUUACUGAUUUAAUUUGUCAUAGAUUUGAAUUACUCUCAAAAUUGUGUCUUAAAAAUAUUUUUUCUUUUAAGAAGUCACAUUUUUUCAUAAUUUUUGACUUAUUAUCCAUUAUGCUAAUUUAUAAUCAUUAUGAGUUUAAAGAACAAAUUUCAAUUGGAUUUGAAUUAUUUUCUGAAUCACUUCUGGCUUUUUAAAAAAAACAAUUUUGGCUUAAUUUUAUCAUUAUUUUUGUCUUUUUUAAUAAUAAGAUUUAAAAACUAAUAACUUUCUGCUUUAUACAUAAUAGCUGGCUUACAUUUAUCAUUAUGUUGUCUUAAAAUGUCAUAAUUGACAUUUUCUCAUGUUGUUGGCUUAUUUUUCCCAUUAUUUUGAUCAAAAAGCUGCCAAUUUAUUAUUUGUUUUUAGUUUUUAUUUACUUUAAUCACUAUUUUUUGACAUGAGAGUUACUUAUUUUUUUUUCUACUACCAUAAUUUAAUUUUUAAAAAUAUUAAUUUCUAACCUGUUUUCAUAAAAACUGAUUUGAUACUCUGAUUAUUCUGUCUUGAAAAUAAUUAUAAAUUAAACUGAUAGUCUUGACAUAUUUCCUCCUACCGUUGGCUUAAUUCUUUAUUUUUAGGAUUCACUUCAAUGACUUUAUUCAGAAAGUAACUUACUUCUGUAAUUUUUAGACUAAAUUCUCGUUAUUAUUAUUAUUGCUGCUGAGGAAGUCUAAAACUUUACCUCUCCAAACUUCAACGUCCUUGAGGUGCUUUACUUUGUAAUGUCUUUUUAGGCAUGAAUGGGUUUCCAUACAUCAGCUGGCCACAUGCUGUCACGGUAAAACCACGUAAACUGCCAUUUUAAAUCUCAUGGUUUCACAUCUGAAAAUGAAACAGAAUUAUCCCGCAGCUCCUGCUACACGACGAGUUUCUGAGUGAAUCGAUCGACUCGCCGACGACAUCUGGAGCCGCAGCGACGUGAUUUUAUGUGAUUCACGGUUUCUUUCCCUGGAAAACUGUUUCUUCCCGGAGACGCAUGUUUUCUUUCCUGAUGCAGUAAAACGGCCUGACUUUCAUCUCAGCCUCUGUCUCUGAUGAACCCAGGGGCCAUUCCUCUGAUAUCUGUAGUUUCUCUUUGGUGUUUUGUUGAUUCCUUCUCUCCUCCUGUGGAGUUUUUCUGCUGCAGAUGAAGAUCCGAUUGUUCUGCAGCUCCUCUGGGUGUCACUUUAUCCUCGGCUGCAUCGUUAUCACAUUAACUCCACGCGAUAAGCACCGUUUGGCUUUACGGGUUUAUUUAUUUUUUUUGUAAAUGUUUUGAAAAGUGUCCAGAUUCCGGCUUGUGUGCUGAUUAAAAUCCUGCAGCAGAAAUAAGCCUCAUUUCAUUACGUUCUGCUGAUUCAAACGUAUUCUGAAUGUGUGCCGAAGCCCGGAGAAGAAAGUAAAAACAGAUGAACACUUUUACUUCUUAUGAGAAUAAAAAAAAUCUCAGGUUCAAUCCAACUAAAAUUUCAUGAAGCCACAAUUCACUGAACACUGAAAGAUCUGCCAAGAACAUUAAGCUUAGAAACAUUUAGCAAAAAUGUAUAAGAAUGACUUUAAAGACAAAGAAUUCUUGAAAAAUAGACACUAAAUCCAGUUCUUACUGUAUUUAUGCUCUUCUUUGUUUAAAAAUCAAAGGUUCAAAGUUAGGUCUUCCACUGAAUCUUGGCUGCUGUGUGGAAUUAAAUUCUAAAUAGAGAGUUUGCUAACAGGUUACCCCGAUAUGCAGACGAUGUGGCUUUAUUUCCAUUAAAUCUAUACAAGCAUUUCCCUGUCUUAAUAAAAAAAUAUGAGCCAUUUUCUGGAUGUAAAGGGAACAAAAUGAAAUUUAUCUGAAAGAAUCUGAGAGAUUUAAGCCUCCUGUUGACACAUUAUUUAGUAAUUCACUUAAAUAUACAAAUAAUGUCUGAAAUUAGAUGAUUUUGGAAGAAUACAACUAUUGUAAACAGCAUUUAUAUUUCGAACAUUUUAAGAGAAUUUUGCAAAAAGGUAUAAUUCAAACAAAUGAACCUACAAUUGCAAAUACAGUUCAGCAAAUAUAAGCACAGAGAAUAAAAUUACACUAGAAUAAGACAAAAAAAUAUUGAAUAUAAUGAACCAGGAACAAAACAAUCAUCGGACAAGUGUUAUUUAAAAUAGAUCCGUUUAAGCACCAACUUUAUGAGUACUGAUGCACCUUUUAAAGCAGACUUUGGUACCAUUUUGUUUUAGAAAACCACUUUUUAAAUUUUUUUUCAAAUAAUGUGACAUCUGCAGUGGAGAAACUCGUCGUGGUUUAUUUCCUGAGCCCUGAUCUCUGUGCAUCUGUUUUAGGAUUAUCUUGGGGGGAAUAAAUAAAUAAAUGUAAAGUUUUAAAGAAGAAGCCACCAACACGACUCUGUGGAAGAAGAUAUUUUUAUAACUGUGAUUAUUCUCUGCAAUACGUUCUCAGAUCAGUGGGACUGACUGACGGCUACACUGCAUUCUGGUUAUUAUUAUUAAUAAUGAUUAUUAUAUUAAUAAAUACACUUCAAAUGUAACUUUUA